AUGCCUUCUGUGAUGAACAAGAUCAAAGACCGCAUGCACGGCGGUCGCGACAACGCUCCCUACGAUGAUGAAUACGACCAGGGAAGAUACGACAAUACCAGCUAUGGACAAGACCAAUACGCGGGCACGUCCUCGUAUGACAACUCUCAUCUACCUGGUCAAGCCAGUAGCACCGGCUUUGGCGACCCCUCCAGCCACCAUGCAGAUGGGCACAAGUACGUCGCGCCACAUGGGACUCAUGUUCCGCAAUCCCAGCAAGAUCAAUAUGGACAGACCAGGCGUCCUGGCGAGGUGACUGAUCCAGACCGCCUCAUGGACCCAGCUGCGCCGGGCGUCGGAUCCAAUGUCAUCGGAGGCACGGGCGUCGGCCCAGCUGGCCAUAAUACUGGCCUUCAUGGCUCCCACAACACAGAUAGCAACACUCGCAGUUAUGAGAGCGGCGUUCAUUCCUCUGCUCUACCAUCCUCUGAUCAGCAUCACGGAAUCGGUCAGGAGCAUCACCUUGGCGACAAUGUCUCCGACCCAAAGAAUCGGCAUGGCCAUGGGGACAAUACUCUUGAUACCCAGAGUAAGUCCCAUGGACUCCACAAUGACAGCAAACAACACCACACCACCAACACGACGACGACCACAACAUCAUCCCAUUUCCCUCAUGGCCACCACGAUACCAAGCAAACAUAUCCCGACCAAACCGCGAGCAACUAUCAGCAAGACCACAACCGUCACAACCCUGCUGUGGCUGCUGCGACUGCUGCUGGGGGUGCCGCUGUAGGAGGUCUUGCAGGCUCACAAAUGGCUGAUCGUACCCGGCAUCAGGACGAUAACACUCGAUUCGGGACAGGUGCCCAUGGUCAGCAGGCAUAUGAUUCCAACCAUGACGGUAGAAUUGACCAGAGAGACCAUGCACCUGGUGCUGGCAGUGGCGGAGUCUACAACACCGUCGUGGGUCGCGGAAGCAAUGACGGAGAUCUUGCACAGUCCAAUCGAGGCGCGGAUAAUAUGAACUCGUCCUCCAGAAACUACGAUUCCCACACAGGCACAGGAAUCGGUUCCAACCCUGGUCACAGCAGCGGCGUGGGGAAGACCAUUGUUCGGGAAGCAGGGGACUCCCAGCUUUCAAGCGGACCAGGCUCCCACAACCUGAACCCAGGAUCGGGAGCUCAGAAUGUCCACCAAGGCGCAAUGGCACGAGAUUCCAAUGUCUUCAGUGGCGGGAGUCUGCAUUCCAAUGCAAAGGUGAUGCACCGGUGCGUUGGAUGUGGCCAGGACAACGAUAUCAGCCAUUAUUUCAAGAAGGAUCUGGUGUAUCGUAUUGAUCACCAGUAG